AUGAAACCCUGUCUGACGUCGCGUCGUGACCGGAGCAGCAGCGUAAUGAUGGUGAUCCACCAGAUGGUCAGUGAUCGUAGCGGUGCGGCGGGGCGUGGGGUUGAACGACAGACGGUGGUUGCAGAAGACGACGGCAAGGACUUUCCGCUGGCGGCACUUGUCGUUAAACAAGGAUUCUAUGUUGACGAUUUACUGACGGGAUCCGAUAAUUUAGAAACUCUGGUAGAAACAGGACAUCAGUUGGUCAGUGUACUCAACCGAGGCGGUUUCUACCUCAGAAAGUGGAGCGCAAACCACCCAGCCAUUCUGGAACACAUCCCAGAGAAAGAUCGUGAAACACUGACUGUAGUGGAACUUGACCAGUCUCCUUCAAUUAAAACACAUGGCCUUCUAUGGUUUCCAACAGAGGAUCUGUUUGGCUUCAAGGUUCCACAGCUGCCACCCCUCGAACGUGUGACAAAACGCAUUGCUCUUUCUGAAAUGUCUCAGCUUUUUGAUCCUUUGGGUCUCGUGGGACCAGUAGUAGCCAGCGCUAAAAUAUUUGUACAGCAGUUAUGGCAAGAGAAUUUGCGUUGGGACGACGAGCUUCCAGAAAAACUGCAGUUAUGGUGGCUGUCCUUUCGAGCAUCAAUUGACGUCCUAAGAAGUCUCCGUGUACCUAGAUGGGUUAUGGGUUCAUCAACUACCAACUAUGAACUGCAUUGCUUCACUGAUGCUUCUGAAAGGGGAUAUGGAUGCUGUAUUUGUGUCGUGUCUACUGAUGGUAAAUCCAAGUCCAGCCACCUACUUAUCGCCAAGUCUCGAGUCGCACCAGCAGGUGGUCUCAGUAUUCCAUGUCUGGAACUUUGUGCUGCCAUUCUGGGAAGUCAAUUAGCCGAUGCCGUUCUACAAACAACCAAUUUCUCUGGAAGAGUGAUAUUCUGGACUGAUUCGACUAUCGUCUUUCAUUGGAUCACAUCACCACCUUCUACUUGGAAAGUGUUCGUAUCAAACCGCAUCGCAGAAAUCCAACGACUUACUAAAGACUCCCAGUGGUGGCACGUCCCUACCUCUGACAAUCCAGCAGACCGCAUAUCACGUGGAGAAGAACCGCUCCAGCUGCUACAAAACCCUCUUUGGUGGAAUGGGCCACAUUUCCUGUUGGUGGCACCGGACGAUUGGCCAGACUCGAUUAUCGUAUCGUUACCAUCCAUGGUCAAAGAGCAAAUGAUUGAACGCAAACCAACAGCCGCGCUUCAUACGUAUAUUCCUGAUUGUUCCUUUCUCAACUUUUUUUCGGAACUUGCCCCUCUUCUUAGGGUCACAACGUACUGCCAGCGAUUCGCAACCAACUGCAGAUCACCAAAAUCGAAACGCAACACAGAAUUUCUAACGACACAGGAAUAUGACAAUGCACUGAAAACCCUUGUUGGCGUUUCUCAACAGGCAGUAUUUCAAGCGGAACUUCAAUAUAUUCCGGACAAAGGAAAAGGUUCGCUUGAGGGAUUUCAGUUAAAAUCGUUGAUCAAGGACCUUAACCGAAGUCUAGAUUCUGGCCUGCUACGAGUGCAGAGACGUAUUUCCAGAUCGCCAGGAACAUACGACAGCCGUUUCCCGAUGAUAUUGCCGGCAAACCAUCAUCUCUCUAGCCGCGCGUGUCGUUAA